AUGCUGAUUCGUGUGGGCACCCGUGUGCACCGCGCCUUCAACCCGAAACCCGUCCUGGGCGAUGCUAUCGGAUGCCUAAUCUACUCGUUCCUGUGCCUGAUCGCCAACAGCCUCCUGGUCUGGCUGAUCUGGACGCACAAUGAGAGGAAGACUUACAUCGCCUUCAUCGCAUACUUCACUCUCAUCGCCACCUACUCGAGUAUUAUCCAGCAGCUCUAUGACUACAUCUUCUGGAGGGACGUCAUGGUCGCGCAGUACUACUAUGGCAAGGACCAUGCAGAUGACGCCGAGGUGCAAUACCAGAAGGGCAUCUUCGGCCUCAAGUUGGUUCUCUCAUAUAUCCGCAUCUUCGCCUUCACGGUGGAAUCAACUUUGGUUUUCUUUUUUUCCUUUUCCUUGACGGCAACCGUCUAUGGCUGGUGGGCAAAGAAGCCAAAAGCCCUACGAAUAUUAUCCAUUACGGGCCGGAUCGUCCCAAUCACCCUGGCAGUGAUAAUGAUCAUAUUGCUCCAGCUUGACUUCACUCAUGCGGACUUCAUGGUCUACAUGGCCAUAGCAAAUGCGCAAUUCUUGCUCAGUCUUGUGGGAGCAUGUAUAUUCCUGCUCAUGAUUCUCUUCAAGUACAUGCAGACGCGCCGGCUACUGAAAACAUGGGAUGGGGUCCAGUACGGAAAGGGGGGGACAUCAACUGCUACAUCAGGGAUGAGAAGCCUCCGGAGCCGGGCCAACUCAAAUAGGAACAGGCCGACCAACGGUUCAUUCGACAACUGGCUCGUCAUCCGUCUCUCAAUAGCUUUUGUGAUGCUAUGCGUAUUCGAAUACACCAAUGUUGGGCCCAGGCUUACGGCAAAGGGCCACGUCGUAGAAAGCGCAUACAAGCCCGAGCCCGACACAUCACACAAACGGGCACUCUCCAGCGUCAGAGGCUACCUAUCAGGGGUGUCGCCCAGCCUCCUCGCCUUCAUAGUCUUCGGCACCACCAAGACGUUCCAGAAGAAGAUGUACAGGGCCUUCGUGCCCAGGUUCCUCCGAAAGGGCAGCCGCGCAGAUGACGACGACGACAUGUUCAGGUGCCGGACCCCGGCCCAGCUGCCCUCGUCGAGAUACAGCAGCACCGUCCGGGCGUCCUCGACUACGCUGCCGCCGCCCCCGAGCACGGCCACCACGUACGUCAACUCGACGCGCUCCCUCUCGCACCAGGACUCGAGCCUCUCCAUGCGCAAGCCCGAGCCGGCCGCGCUGCUCUCCACCAUCCCGGACGAGCCCGACGACUUCGCCGAGGUUGACCCGCGGUUCCCGCGCCGCAGCCAGAUCGGCAUGGCGCUCAGCAAGUUACCCACGCCGCCGAGGGUGGACGACGGAUACGGGUGUAGCGGGUCCUGGCAGGACAGCAGCAACAACGGCCCAUACUCACCGAAAGCUCCCAUCUACUCCAGCAUCCGCAGCCACUCCCGCAACGAGAGCCUCCCGAGCCCCCGGCCCCACUCGCGCCACCACAGCUUCUCCAGGCCCACGAGCCGGUCCGUCGACCACGGGCAACCACCCCCUCCAACCACCCCUCGGCUGCCGACGCACUCGAUCGAGCUGAGCCGCGGGCGCAGCCGGAGCCGCUCGAGGUCGAGGGUUAGGACGGGCGCCUUCUCCCGGGACGCGUCGCACGACAGCAGCAGCAGCAGGGUGCCGAUGUCGCGGUUCAACAGCCUCGCGGGCGGCGGCGGCGGUAGUAUCAGGGGCAGGACCGCCGCGGCGGAGACCAUCAUCGACGACGGGGCCAGCAGCGCCGGUGCUUCUAUGACGACCAUCUGGAGCGAUUCGCCGCGGCGGGGCAGUAAGCAUAGUAGGAUAUGA